AGCGCAUGGAGACAGCAGCGGCUUCCAUCGUACAGACCUGUUCUAACGGCCUACAAUGCUUUUCCAUGGACAACCGCUGUUGGUGUCAUAUGCCUUGCUCUAGGGAUUGUAUUGAAAUUCGCUGUGGAAGAAUCGUUGGAACUCGUUAUUGAUUACGGUAAUUGCACGACUAGCAUUGGAUACUCUGCUGAUCAGAUCGAAGAUUUUUCUUAUCCGGACGGUCUACGCGGAGACGUCAAAUUUUACUAUGGACUUCGAGAAUUUUAUCAAAAUAACCGGUUAUAUGUUGAAUCGCGCAAUGAUCUGCAAUUACUAGGAAAUCUUGACAAGGUGUCCGGUUGCGAUCCAUUGGAUUAUCUGGACGGUUUUCAUAAUAUCACGUAUGCCCCAUGUGGAUUCAUCGCGAAUUCGAUGUUCAACGACAGUUUUCAACUCCUUCUUCACGGAGAACGAGAUGCUUCCACAGCUGUACCGUUUACAACUCGGUCGAUGAUCUCUGAGAAGGUUAAGAAAAGAAAAUUCCGUAAUCCCAUCCCUACUGGGAACGAAACGCUCUGUGAUGCUUUUCGGGACACCGCACGCCCGCCUUGGUGGCAGAACAGACGUGUGCAAGCUUGGAGCGGGUGCUCCAGGUGUCGGUGUUGCCUUUUGAGAAUAUUGACUUCAUCAUGUGGAUGGGGAACAUCUGCGCUACCGCAUUUUCGGAAAAUGUACAGGAUAUUGGAUAGAGAGGUGGACGGUUUCCGAGAUGGACUGCCGAGUGGUAUGUAUACACUGGUGAUCAACUACAACUAUCCUGCCCAAUGGAAAGGUGCUGAGAAGUCGUUUAUCAUAACUCGAGAGAGUUGGAUUGGAGCACGGCGACCAUUUCUCGCUUUCUCUUAUAUUGCUGUUGGCGUCUUCCUUCUUCUAGUCAGCAUCGUGUUCUUUGUUUUGUACCUAAGACAUAGAAUCCUCAUCAGAAAAGUCAAUCUGUACUAUGUAAGCGACUGGGAUUUAAAAGAAGCUUUCGAUUGGUCUGGACGAAUGCCUGAUGGAUCCCGAUCAGCGCGACCAUGGUUAAAA